GGCAGGUGGACCAGCAGUGCCGCUCAGCUCAGGUCGCCUGUUCCGCCGCCGUCGCCACCACCACCAUGCCUGCCUCUAAGGGAUCCCGCUCCUCCUCCAAGAAGGCCAAGAAGGGAGGAAGCAAUGUGUUCGACAUGUUCACCCAGAAGCAGGUGGCGGAGUUCAAGGAGGGCUUCCAGGUGAUGGACCGUGACCGUGACGGUAUCAUCAGCAAGGAUGACCUCCGCGGCGUGUUCGACGAGAUCGGUCGCAUGGCCUCCGACUCCGACCUCGACGAGAUGAUUGCCGACGCUCCCGGCCCCAUCAACUUCACCACCCUCCUGCACAUGUUCGCCUCCCGCUCCUCCGGCGAGAGCGACGACGAUGACGUUGUUGCCGGCGCCUUCCGCGCCUUCGAGAAGGAGCCUGGCCAGAUCGAGGCCGAGAGCUUCCGCACCAUGCUGAUGGCCUUCGGAGACAAGUUCACCGGACAGGAGGUGGAUGACGCUUUCGACCAGAUGGAACUGGACGAGGACACCGGCAUGAUCGACUCCAACGCCCUGAUCGCCAUGCUGUGCGCUGGUGCCAGCAAGGAGGGCGAGGAGGCCGCCGCAUAGUGUGUGUACCCCCGCCCCCCCGCCCCGUCCCUCACGCCCGCAGGAACUAUGGGUGGCGAGUAGUGACGCGCAUCAGCAGGGCAGCUCUUGUUCGCGUCCUGUGGCUGAGGCACUCAGGCACCUCUGAGGGAAUAUCCUGCUGCUGCUGCUGCUGCUGCUCCCCCCUCCCCCCCUCCCCGCGUCCCCCCUGUCUCAUCACUCGCGCCGUCCAUCCAUCAUCUCACCCAUACUUCUUACGGGCCGCGACACUGCCAGCCCUCCCCGCGGCGGCCUCCACCCGCCACGUCUGCCCACCACCUCCACGCCACACGCCGCCGCCACUCCAUCACCGCCGCGCGGCUCGGGAGCGGCGUUAACAAAGUCGUUGUGUGUUGCCGCCGCCACGCCGGGAGGGCGCGCCGCUCCCACCACCAGGACCAGCUAGUGAACAAGUGUUUCGUGCGCCGCCACUCGCGCAGUGAAAGUGGCCGCCGCCGGCGCCUCAGGGUCGUCGUCGCACGCGCAGCUGUGGCUCUUCGCAGGGUAUCGCAGGGCCGUCGUCGCACGCACAGCUGUGGCCGCCGGCGGCGUGCAGGCCUGCCGCGCCACCAUCAGGCAGCGGUGCCGCCCCCACGGGAGGCACCGUUGGAUUGGCAUCUGAAAGACAGAUCAACUGCAAUAAAAAAUAAAUUCUUUUACUAUGAA